UGCACUUCCAGUUUUGCGGUGACUGCAUGGCACAGCAUCGCCAGCAGAAUAACAGCUGCCCUCUCUGCCGCUCCCCUCUCAGUGGCCUGCUGCACUGCCAGCUCCAGCGAUAAGGACUAUGCCAGGCUUGAUUUCGGCUGCAUUGGUCAAAUAAAGCCUUCUCAGCUACUGACUUACUGA